CUCAUUCCGUCCCCUUCCAACGGGGAGGGAAGAUAGUGAGAGGGGAGAAAAUGAGACAAUAAAGAGAAAAGGCAGAGGGAGGAGGAAGAGGGGGGCUCAUAAAAAGUUGCCAAAUGGAGAUAUUGGAUUUCAAGAAGGGAGACAGAGGAGCCGGGAUCGCCUCGGGAUUUCAGCCGCCUCGCGACACGCAAAUCCAAAUAAAUAUUUAUGGUUAUGCUCCAUUUUUACAAGUCGCGGAAGGGGCGGCAGGGAAAGCGAGGCACCGAGCGCAGGAGCGCCGGCCGGCUGUCUGAGGAGCGGGGCGGGCAGGAGAGGCGAGCUAAGCCGCUAUCGUAGCAGAGCCCGCGGCGGUAACGGGCCCGCAUCCCUUCGCCGAAAAGCCCCCUCCCGCUUUAACAGGACGGGAGAAAGAGAGCCUGUACCGUCCCCUUGGCAGAGCACCACGAUUAGGUUUGGGCUGGGAGGGGGUAGGGGGAGAAAGGACCCCCACGGCCGCCGCACGGCGGAGGCGGGGGACGGGACGCUUCUGUCCGCGCUGUCCAUCUGCUCGGGUCCGGUGCGGACGUGGGUGUCCAGGCGAGGAGGGUAGCGAAGGUCGCCCAGAAGAAAGACAUCCCACGCCAUUCAUAAAUAGGCGUUUCGGCGUUUUAAUGCCCCAGCCCGCCUGGGUCACCGCAUACGGGAUAAAAUUCAAUAAUUACAAUUUCACCCCCAUUCGGAUAAGAAUAACGCGGCUAAGAAUAAGGCUUCGCCUUAGUCCGUUAGCAUACCUGCUAAGUCAGCUAGCUGCAGGCUUUUACUGCCUUUCUGUCCCACGAAAUGAUCAGCUGACACUUUAAAUAUUAUGUCAUGUAUCAGAUAUCGCAUUAAAGUUAUCCUGUGCGAAUCCCCUCUCAUUUUACAUGUUUUUGUUCAGACCGAAGCGAGCUGGCUGGUAUCCGCCGUUACGGACUCCAUGCUCGCUCUUCGGUACUGUGCAUAUUGCCUUUUGCUUUUAUAAUAAAGGUGUCAGGUUUUCUUUUCUUCCCCCACAUGACGGAAAGGUGACUAAACUGUCCACAUACCUGGAGUCAUGUUGAAUAAAGGAGUCGACCCAUUUAGGAGUUCAAGGUUGCUGUAUGGUUCACACCAUGCUUACCCUAGAAAUCCAGUGAGUGGCCACUGGCCACCCCCGCAACCCCCCCCUCCACAUUUUAAGUCGACUCCAGAUAAUCUGAUGGCCAGUGAAGAAAGACUGUUUUUAUUUAUCUUCUUGCGCAGGUGUCAUGGAUGAUGAAGAUGAUCACCUGCUAGAUAUUAUUGGAGAUGCACAUGCCCUGGACAGCUAUCUCCAUGGAUCCAGCAGCAAGUUGGGUGACCUGGACAUAAAGGAGGAUGGGAGCCCCCUGGGCUUGGCUGAAGGGGCGGAGCUGCAUGAUUCCAGCACCCUGCAGUUCAUUGAGGAUCUGGGCGGGGUCUCACCAUCGGGGGCGGGACUUGGGGAUGAGCAGCCCUUCGACAUCCUCCAGAAGUCUUUGCUGGAGGCUGACAUCACAGAACAGACGCUGGCCCAGGAGGCACUGCUGGAGUCCUCAGCUGGUCCCACGGCCUUCCCCCAGAUGUCAGCGUCGGGGGGCGGGUUCGAGGGCGUGGCAGGGGCGGGGCUGUCCUUCCCAGGUGGCACCCAGCCCCAGACCUUCCUUCAGCAGCCUCUGCACAAUGGUUCUCUCCCUGGGCAAGUUCAGCUUCUUGGGGCUUUCGAUAGCACCUCUUCAGUAAUGACCGCACCACCAGGGGGCGGUGUGCAGGGCGCAGUGUUCACCCCCACCCCUCUGGGAACAUCCAUCCCCCUUCAGAACAUAAUCAUCCAGAGGGGGGCCCCUGCCCAGGCCGUGGUCAGGCCCAUUCAGCCCAGGCCCCUUUCCGCUGGAGGCCAGACUGUCUACAGCCUGGGUGUGCAGCUCCCUGGCCCCGCCUGCUCGCCCCAGCCUGACCACAAGGCCAAGGUCGUUGGCCAUGCUGGCAGCAUUGUGAUCCAGCAGCCACAGCUGCAGCAGCCCGGCCUCCCGACAGGGCAGAUCCUCACCCUCACCUCGGCUCCCUCGGUGCUAAAUGGUCCGGCGCUGCAGACUGCCAAUCUUGCUGGUGCGGGCCCCGCCUACUCCAUAUUGACCAAUCAGAGUGGGACGGCCGUGCAGCUGGUGGCAGGGCAGGGCUUUCCAGGUGGGGGUCAGCUGAUCGUGAACCAGGGCUUGAUUGGUGGCCAAGUUCCUCAAGCCGCCCCCGCUGUGGUGCAGGUAGCUCAGGCACUGGGGGCCACUUCCAAAACCUGGGCCCCCAGCCUCACCCCUACCCCCGGUCCUGCCCAGGGCGCCCUGGUCACUUCGGCCGGGGCCGCUCCCUGUGACUAUGCCAGCCAGAUGGCAGGAGGGGGGGCUCCAGUGCUCCAGGCUCAGCAGCAGGUCUCCGUCAACCUUGAACAGCAUUUUCUGGUUCCCCUGACACAGGGCGCUACCUCCUCCAUACACAUGGGGGCGCCAGAGCAGUCGAUUGAGAUGCAGACCUUCGUUGUGGUCCAGGACUCCUCAUCAGCAGUGGAACAGGGCUUCCAGCAGGCAGUCAAAGCUGGGAAGCCUUCACAUGCCACCAGCCAAGUCGCACUGCAAACCACACAUGCCACCAGCCAAGUCGCACUGCAAACCACACAUGCCACCAGCCAAGUCGCACUGCAAACCACACAGCCCAUUUUCCGGGAGACUUCAGUUCCACAGCCGCUCACUAAGAGAGACCUGGUUCUUCAGAGGCUGCAGCUGGACCAGGCCCGGGUUUUGUCCGUAGACACGUCCCCCUUCACCUCACCGGAGGACGCCGUCCACCGGCUCCUGCCCUAUCACGUGUUCCAGGGGGCGCUGCCGAGUGACGCCGACCUGCUGAAAGUGGACAUGGAGUUCGAGUCUGCAGCUUGUAGCGUUCUGAACAGAACACGAGAGAUGCUGAGCAAGUACCGGCGCCUCCUGCUGGUGGAGGCAGAGCGAACCAGUCCCUCGUCAGAGACGGUGAUGAUCUGUCGGACUUUUAACCAGGAGGAGCGUCAGGACCUGACGCAGGACAAGCGUCUGGCUCUGGUGGACCCCGAGGGCUUCCUGGAGGACUUCUGCUGUGUGCUAAAGCCGGCAGAAUUUCCCAGCCCCCUGCACCGGGCAGAGCUGGCUGGAGAGGUCUCCCCUGCGGUUAGGAACAGCCCGGACAUGAACGCAUCUCCAGGGAGCUCCUUCAGUGUCUCUGACAGCGAGCACAGCAGUUUCCAGACGUCACUACAGUACCAUUCAGAAUUCAGUUCUCCUCUACAGGGGCGGGGCUUGGAGAGGCCCCUCCCCUUCGAGCAAAGCCAGUCGCCAUUGGCUGACGCAGACUCUGUCCUGGAAGCAGCUGUAAAUAGCAUACUGGAGUGUUAGGAGGCACCCCACAACCCUGGCACAGCAAGAGCAGGACGUGUGCGCCGGCACGUUGCUUCGUGUAAGCGAUGUUCUCCAUUUCCCCGUCCUCUGUAAAGAACGCUUCCAUGUUUCAGCUGUCCUGCGCAGCGGUGACCAGGUGACGGGCAGGUGCUCCAGGCCUGGCUGGGGGUCCUCGGUGUUCAGCCACACUCAGAUCAUUUCACCGUCCUCUGUGCCUUUCACUGCUCACUGCUGUCUUUGCCACACUGCAGCGAGAGCCUGCAGCUCCUCCCUUCCUUUAUUGUAUUUUAUUAUACAGUACUUUAUGAUGCUUUUAUUCUGCCAGGAUUUUGUUUUGUACCUUACAGGCAUGUGAUCCUGUUGUCACUAAAGUGUUUUUUUUUGUUUUAAUGAACAUUCAAUGCCUCAGCCUGGGGCUGACAGGCUGCAGAAAGUGACCCGUACGCGUGUGUUUGCUGCUCGUGAAGCGGCCAGCUGAUUGCCAGCCUGCGGCGUGGCUCUGCUCCUCUCACACUGCAGUGAUACAGUGCGAGGGCUGGGUGUUUGCUGAGCUGCUGAGACGGGCUGUGGCAGAUCACUUCAGAGUGUGAUUCCUUGUGAAACAUGGCCUUCAAAUGUGAUUUGACUCCCCAGGCUUUUCAAUGCAGGCUCCCCCAGUGUACUCCUUCCAGUUUCCUGCGGAGGGCAGACCUGAGCUGCAGUAGCAGGAUGCAUAGUCUUUCGGCUUACUGUUACUGAGUGAAUGACCAAUGUUGUCCUCUCCUGAUGCUCAUGCUGGGCACUGUGCUCUUCACUUACCUGUAAAACUGUGUCCUUUUAUAAGACGGCGUGCAGUAAACCAUUUUUAAGAUAAGUUCAUGGUCUUUUAUUUUGCAAUAAUGUUUAAUAAUGUGCAGCUGGGCUCUCUGAUGAGCACUGAAGCAGUGAAUGCUGGGAAGGGAAGUGACUUUGGUGGAUUAUUUGGACAGCUUGCCAAAACACUUUAAAAAAUUUUUUUAACUCAUUGAAAGAGAAAUGUAAAUGUAAGUAAAUGUAUGGAGAUGUUGGAAAGGAGGAAACGGGGAAACUGGGAGAGAGAUGUGACUCGCCAUGAUGAGGGAGAGCUUUAGUGGUGGCUGCCCAUCUGUGUGUGUUGAGAUGUUUCUGUAGACGUGUGCGGUGUUGCUUUAUGUGGGCUGCUGGCCAAGCCUCUGUAGCCCAUUUGUAAGAUUUACACUAUUCGUGAGUCUCUCUCACAGUGAAAAAAAUGAUAUUCUGAAAGCCUGAGGAGAGACCAGGACCCAAAUCUGAAAGGUCACGUCACCUUCCAGAUGUUCCAAGUGGUGGAUUUUCUGUAUUCUGUGUUAUUCCUCAGACUGCCUUCCGAUGUGAGAAUGUUAAUUGUUUCCAUCAUCAUCACCACGUUACUUUUUAUUUUUGAUUUUUCUACCAUUUGUAUAAACUAAGUACCUCUGAACCUUGAUUUUGUAUAGUUUUUGUAUAAAUAUUGCAGAAUCACAAAGUAUUAAAUAUUUGUAAUUUUUUGUAAAAAUAAUACCAAUGGUAAAGCGACGAGGCAGUUAUUUUUAUUAUUAAGUUGGAAGUGCUUUAGAAAUCAGAAUCUUAUGAUACUGUCAUUUAUUCUUGGUUUCUAUGUGGUUUUGUGCGGAUAUUCGGUACAUCAGCUGAAAAUGUGAAAAAACAGCAUUAAAAUAAUUUUCAAGUAA